AUGACUUAUUACCUAUUUUUGUCAGACUCGAAGACUGCCAACACUCCUCGACGCCCCUUCGAGAAGGCUCGUAUAGACUCUGAGCUUCAGAUCGUCGGCGAGUACGGCUUGAAGAACAAGCGUGAGCUCUGGCGUGUCCAGUACACUCUUUCCAAGAUUCGUGCCGCUGCUAGACACUUGUUGACCCUGGAUGAAAACGACGAGACCCGCGUUUUCCAAGGCGAAGCUUUGCUACGUCGUUUGGUGCGUUUGGGUCUUCUUGGUGAGGAUGAGCGCAAACUCGAUUACGUGUUGGCUUUGACUGUCAACAAGAUGCUCGAGAGGCGUCUACAGACUAAGGUCUUCAAGCUCGGCCUCGCCAAGAGCGUUCAUCAUGCCCGUGUUCUUAUCAAGCAAAGACACAUCAGAGUCGGCAAGCAGAUCUGCGAUGUUCCCUCGUUCAUGGUCCGCCUUGAUUCCGAGAAGCACGUUGAUUUCGCUCUCACCUCGCCAUUCGGUGGCGGACGCCCUGGCCGUGUAAAGAGGCGUAACGCUGCUAAUGCUGGUGGUGACGAUGAUGAGGAGUAA